CACCUCCUACGGAAGCCGAAGCACAGUCAGAAUCCGGAAGAAAAACAAUCCGGAGGGAGCAGAGCUGCUGGGAUCGGAGACCAAGGGCUGCUCCGGCUCGCACUAGCUGCAGCGCGGAGACAGGAACAAUGUCGGCUGUGAGUGUAAGGAGGCCGAGCGCACCGAAAGGCUUUGCACUCAGCAUACAUGUUGUGACAUGGAAUGUGGCCUCCGCAGCCCCCACUGUGGACCUCAGUGACCUAUUUCAACUGAACAACCAAGAGCUGAAUCUGGACAUGUAUAUCAUUGGUUUGCAGGAAAUGAAUUAUGGAAUCAUGAACCUUCUUUCUGACACUGCUUUUGAAGACCCAUGGAGCAGUUUCUUCAUGGAUAUGCUUUCCCCACUGAACUUUGUCAAGAUCUCUCAAGUCCGUAUGCAGGGGCUUCUCUUACUGGUCUUUGCCAAGUAUCAGCAUUUGCCCUUCAUCCAGAUCAUCUCUACAAAAUCCACCCCUACUGGCCUCUACGGGUACUGGGGGAACAAAGGGGGAGUCAACAUCUGCCUGAAGCUUUAUGGCUACUAUGUCAGCAUCGUCAAUUGCCACCUGCCUCCCCAUAUGUACAACAAUGACCAGCGUCUGGAGCACUUUGACCGAAUCUUGGAGAGUCUGACUUUUGAAGGAAAUGAUGUCCCCAACAUCCUGGACCAUGACCUCAUUCUGUGGUUUGGAGACAUGAACUUUCGAAUUGAGGACUUUGGGUUGCUCUUUGUUCAGGAGAGUAUAACAAGGAAGUGCUACAGAGAGCUGUGGGAGAAAGAUCAGCUCUUCAUUGCCAAGAAACAUGACCAGCUGCUCCGGGAGUUCCAGGAAGGCCCACUGCUCUUUCCACCCACCUACAAGUUUGACAGGCACUCCAACAACUAUGACACCAGUGAGAAAAAACGCAAGCCUGCGUGGACUGACCGAAUCCUGUGGAGGUUGAAGCGGCAGCCAUCCCAGGCCAACCCCUUGGCCUCCAGUGCUCAAACCUCCUGCUUCUUGCUGACGCUGAAGAGCUACAUCAGCCACAUGGCAUACAGCAUCAGUGACCACAAGCCUGUCACUGGCACCUUCAACUUGGAGCUGAACCCACUGGUGUCUAUCCCACUGAUCACUAUGAUGCCCGAACACCUGUGGACCAUGGAGAACGACAUGCUGAUCAGCUACACCUCCACCCCAGAGUUCCUCAGCAGCCCCUGGGACUGGAUCGGACUAUACAAGGUGGGGAUGCGCCACACUAAUGACUAUGUAUCCUAUGCCUGGGUCGGCGACAACCAAGUUUCCUGUGGUAACAACCCAAACCAGGUGUAUAUCAACAUCAGUGCUAUCCCUGACACUGAAGACCAGUUUCUUCUCUGUUACUAUAGCAACAACCUGCACUCUGUAGUGGGGAUAAGUCAACCUUUCAAGAUCCCAUAUCGCGCCUUUUUGAGAGAGGAUGCACUGUUUGAGCCUGAACCACAGAUCUGAGCCCAGAUGGGAGUGAGUGAAUCCAGGGCGGAGGCUAGAGCUGGAAGCCAGCUCUGCCUCAGCACUGCCAGCAGGGCUGGGUCUGGCCCAGCCCCUGAGGAGGCCCCUGAGUAUCUUCCAGCUCCCUACCUCCCAGGGGAGCCCAGCUAGACUCCUCUGCCCUCUCCAGGCCAGAUGAACUGGCCCUUUAAUACAGGUUUUUGUUACAGA